GUAGGCACGACCAUUAUCAAAGGAGAUCUCCGCAUUGGCUCUCAAUACAGUUUACCCGAGGGAAAGGCGGCCUCAUGGCGUCACUGGGGCUGCACAACACCGGAGGUCAUCAACAACAUCAAGAAAGCUCUCAAAUCAGCUGAUGAUCUCGAAGGCUUUGAACAACUGAGAAAAGAGGAUCAGGAUCGCGUCCGUGACGCCUGGUUACUUGGCAAAAUUUCCGAU